CUGAAACCGAAAGUGUCGAAAGUGUCGUGGUUUCGGCGCCCCGCUGAGAUUGAUUCACCUUCACCUGUGCGAGCCCUAGUGGAUCAGGUGGCAAUCCAGACAGGCAGUUGAACAUGAACGGAAGAGUGGAUUAUUUGGUCACAGAGGAAGAGAUCAAUCUGACCAGAGGGCCCUCAGGGCUGGGCUUCAACAUCGUCGGUGGGACAGAUCAGCAGUAUGUCUCCAACGACAGUGGCAUCUACGUCAGCCGCAUCAAAGAGAAUGGGGCUGCGGCCCUGGAUGGGCGGCUCCAGGAGGGUGAUAAGAUCCUCUCGGUAAAUGGCCAAGACCUAAAGAAUCUGCUACACCAGGAUGCUGUAAACCUCUUUCGUAAUGCGGGCUAUGCCGUUUCCCUGAGAGUGCAGCACAGGUUACAGGCGCAAAAUGGGCCUAUAGGACAUCGAGGUGAAGGGGAGCCGAGCAGUAUUCCUCUAGCUAUGGUGCUGGUGCCACUGUUUGCCCUUACCAUGGUAGCAGCCUGGACCUUCAUGAGAUACCGGCAACAACUUUGAAAAGCUUGCUUUCCUCUGGUGCUCCUGAUGAAGAUACCAUUUCUUCCUUUCUGUCAUCCUCCUCCCCUGCCAUUCUCCGAUAUCCUUCCCUCUCUCUACAUAGCUCACAGAUGAUUUAAAGAGACUGCUUCCCAACCAGAACCUUGCUGUUGAAAAUCUCCAAGUCCUCGUAUUCUGAUGGGAGAGUAAAGGCAUUGUUUGAAGGAAA